AUGCAGCCUGUGGGAGUGUGGGAAUCACAACAGAGAGCCUUUGCCAGCGAAGCAGCUGAGGAGCCGAGGAAGCCGAUACCAGAAACUAAGGUCUGCGUCAGAUGCAAGGUGGAACGGCCGUCGAGCGAGUUCAGGGGCAGCGGCAAGUCCAGAGAUGGCCUGCAGCAUUUCUGCAUUCCAUGCAAGGUGAUCGAAGCUCAGACCCAGGGGGUGAAUGGACCAUCCAUGCACCCCACGGUGUCACACCAGUGCUGCCCGCGCUGCAUGCAUGUCAAGGAAGCUGCCGCCUUCUACAAAGUGGCGCUGCGAACGUCCGGCCUGAGCUCCUGGUGCAAAGAGUGCUCGAAUGAGGCGUCAGCAAAAUCGCGGGAGCGCCUUCUAGGGCUGCCGGCAGACCGUGGCGAAGCAGUCAAGGAGAAGGUGUGCACGCGCUGUCAGAAAUCAAAAGGAGCGCAGGACUUCCACCGGGACGUUCUGAUGGUCGACGGCCUCUGCAUCUAUUGCCGAGCGUGUAAGCAGGAGCUGAAAGACUUCAGCAGGCAGCGAGUACCGGACCCCCCAGAGACAUCUGAUAGCAUGGUGUGUUCAGUGUGCGGCAAGGAGGCCCCGCCAAGUGGAUUCUACCAAAGACAGGACAACGCCACAGGGUACUACAGCUACUGCAAGGAAUGCCACCUGCGUUACACUCGCAAAACAAGGGAGGCAGCCAAAAAGGGCAGAGCCAAAGUGGGCAGAGCGGCUCCUGUGAGUUUGUGA